CACCAUGAGACUGACUGUUGAGUGACAGCAGCUGUAACACAAACUGUUAAAUUACCGCUUCUCUGACCCCUCGUCUUCUCAAGCUCAGCGGCCAAGCGCGUGAAGUUUCACACCUUUAUCUCACCUGUCUGACGUUGGUGGUUCAGCGAAGCUAGGAGGCAAGGCUAAUGGAACUAAAUCAUUUAGCCUCUGGCUUAGCAGGCUAACUGGCUCGCUAAAACUACGGUUAGCUGAGUGGCGCUGUGAUGCGGAAUACAAAACGAAUCAAGUAGGAUUAAUGUGGCAUGAGACUACCAGCUAGCUCUUCGUAGCUGAUCGUUGGACCACAAAGACUCCACAGAUUCAACCGUUCCAGUCUGCGGGAGAGUUGGCAACCAGCAAGACUUCGGAGAGGGAAAGGCCGGCUCCUGUUUCUGUGAACUCUGUUAAUUAGGAAACAAUACUGAGAGUCUAUGGCCGUGCCAACAGCCCUGGAGCCAUGAUGACACCAGAGGACCUCCUCAACACGCUGGAAGAUUUGGGAGAUGAGGAAUUCCAUAAAUUCAAGUGGGUCCUGCAGCAGCCUGACAGCCUACAAGGCUUCCAAACCAUCAAAAAGGGCCGACUGCAGAUGACAAACAAGUGGGACACAGUGGAUCUGCUGGUGCAGACGUACAGACUUCCUGGAGCUGUGGAGGUGACCAGGAAGGUUCUAGAGAAGAUCAACAGGAAUGACCUGGUGCAGAGUUUGUCUGACAGCAGCUCGGGACCAGAAGUGGAUGUCAGUGAUGUUGGGGAGGCUUCAGAGAACAGAGGACCUUCCUACUCUCAGACUCAGGCUCCUCUUCCUCAGACUGAAGAUGUGAUGUUUCGAGUACCAGAGCCAUACCCCAUCAAAUAUUACCAACAGAUGCUUCAAUCAAACUUCCAGGACAAGUUUAUGUGUGAACAAGAAGGGUGGUCAGAGGAUAAGCAGCGUCUGGUUGAUAUCUACACAGAGCUGUACGUCACAGCUGGGGGUGACGUACACAUCAAUGCAGAGCAUGAGGUCAGACAGAUUGAGAAGGCAGGGAAGCCAGCUGAAACAGAAAAGCCAGUUAAACCCAGUGACAUGUUCAAACACCCCUCUGGACAAUACAGACCCAUAAGAACAGUGCUGACCAAUGGAAUCGCAGGAAUUGGAAAAACAUAUUUCGUGCACAAGUUUGUGUUGGACUGGGCUGAAAAAAGAACCAAUCAAGAUGUGCAUCUCAUUUUUCCCUUCACCUUCCGUAAUCUGAAUUCACUGAAAGGAGAAAAGUUUCGUUUGGCAGAGCUGAUUCAUGAAUGUAUCCCUGAAACUAUAGACAUCAAAGAGGAAGCUCUUAAUUACAUCUUUAAAGAGCUGCAGUCAUCAGGAAACACCAACUAUGACAAGAGCAAAUUCAAACUUCUGUUUGUCUUUGAUGGACUGGAUGAGAGCCGCCUUCAUCUGGACCUUAAUGUCGAUCAUAUUCGCUCUACGGAUGUUACAAAGUCAUCUAAAGUAGAUGUCCUGCUGAGGAAACUCAUCAAUGGGAAACUGCUACGCUCUGCUCGCAUCUGGAUAACCACUCGCCCUGCAGCAGCCAAUCGAAUCCGUCCUGAGUGUGUUGACAUGGUGACGGAGGUCAGAGGGUUCACUGACCCGCAGAAGGAGGAGUACUUCAGGAGGAGAUUCAGAGAUGAGGAGCAGGCCAGUAGGAUCAUCUCCCACAUCAAGACAUCACGAAGCCUCCACAUCAUGUGCCACAUCCCAGUCUUCUGCUGGAUCACUGCUACAGUUCUGGAGGAUUUAUUGAAACCCAGAGGGGGAGGAGAGCUGCCCAAGACCCUGACUGAGAUGUACACAGAAUUCCUGGUGUUUCAAAUUGAUCGGACAAAGGAGAAGUAUGGCCCAGAAAAGUGCAUUCAUUACAUUAAGUCAUUGGCAAAACUGGCUUUUCGGCAGCUAGAAAAGGGCAACUUGAUCUUCUACGAGAAAGAUCUGAAAGAGAGUGGCAUCGAUUUCAGUGAAGCCUCAGUGUGCUCAGGAGUGUUCACAGAGAUCUUUAAAGGAGAACGUGGAAGGAAAGAGAAAGACAAGAUGUUCAGCUUUGUGCAUCUAAGCAUUCAAGAGUUUCUGGCUGCUGUUUAUGUGGAGAAGUCACUCAUUAACAACAACAAAAAUGUGAUGCCGUUGCCACGACUGUCACUCCAACACUUACGACUGCUGUUAAAGACACCCUCUACAACAAAGAUCCACAGGAUUGCUAUUGAAAAGGCGCUACAAAGUCCGAAUGGACACCUGGACUUGUUCCUUCGCUUCCUCCUGGGUCUCUCACUGCCCAACAAUCAAGAUAAACUACAAGUCCUGCUAAAAAACACAGACAGUACCUCACAGACCAAUCAGAAAACAGUCAAGUACAUUAAGAAGAAGAUCAGUGAAAAUAUGUCUCCAGAGAGAAGCAUCAAUCUGUUCCACUGUCUGAAUGAGCUGAAUGAUGGUUCCCUAGUGGAGCAGAUCCAACAGUCCCUGAGUUCAGGAAGUCUCUCCACGGAUGAACUCUCUCCUACUCAGUGGUCAGCUCUGGUCUUCAUCUUACUGUCAUCGGAAAAAGAUCUGGACGUGUUUGACCUGAAGAAAUACUCUGCUUCAGAGGAGGCUCUUCUGAGGCUGCUGCCAGUGGUCAAAGCCUCCACCAAAGCUCUCCUGAGUGGCUGUAGCCUCUCAGAGGGAAGCUGUGUAGCUCUGGCCUCAGUCCUCAGCUCCCAGUCCUCAAGUCUGAGAGAGCUGGACCUGAGUAACAAUGACCUGCGGGAUUCGGGAGUGGAGCUGCUGUCUGCUGGACUGGAGAGUCCCCUCUGUACCCUGGAGAUUCUCAGGCUGUCAGGCUGUCUGAUCACAAAAAAAGGGUGUACUUCUUUGGCCUCAGCUCUGAAAUCCAACCCGUCCCACCUGAGAGAACUGGACCUGAGCUACAAUCAUCCAGGAGACUCAGAACAGAAGCUGCUGUCUGCUGGACUGGGAGAUCCACACUGGAGACUGGAUAUUCUCAGGAUGGGACAUGGUGGAGAGCAGAGGCUGAAACCUGGUCUGAGGAAGUAUUUGUGUGAUCUCACACUGGACACAGACACAGUAAACAGGUUCCUCAAACUGUCCGACAACAACAGGACGGUGACACAUGUGGAGGAGGAUCAGUCGUAUCCUGACCAUCCAGAGAGAUUUGACCACUGGUCUCAGCUGCUGUGUAGAACUGGUCUGACUGGUCGCUGUUACUGGGAGGUGGAGUGGACAGGAGAGGUUAAUAUAUCGGUCAGUUACAGAGGAAUCAUAAGGAGAGGAGACGGUUAUGACUGCAGGUUCGGAGUGAACGAUCAGUCCUGGAGUCUGAGGUGCUCUGAUGAUAAUGGUUACUCUGCCUGUCACAACAACAGGAGGAAAGACGUCGCCUCCUCGGUCUCUCACAGAGUAGCGGUGUAUGUGGACUGUCCUGCCGGCACUCUGUCCUUCUACGGAGUCUCCUCUGACACACCGAUCCACCUCCACACCUUCAGCACCACAUUCACUCAGCCUCUUUAUCCUGGGUUCUGGUUAUUAUCAUUCGGUUCUUCGGUGUCUCUGUGCUCUCUGUAGGAGGAAGAGUCUCCUCCUGUUCGAGAAACACUCACACGCCGAGGUCGUUGACCUGUAGCUGCUGUAGGGAAAGGUUUUGAGGAGCAGGUCCUGGUUCUGUUGGUGAUCACACGUCGUAUUUCAUACAUAUGGACGGACGGUUUCUUUAAAAGCAGAAAUGUCCCGAUAAAAGAGGAGAAGAGGAAGCAGACUGCAAGCUGAUGUAA